AUGUCUGAUGAAUUUGAAAAUAAUUUUGAAGAUUUGCUUCAUAAACCUACAAUCAAUACCAUAUCUGAUACUUUGAAUGAUGUUGACGUCUCUAAUCCUUUUCAUGAUGCAAUCUCACCAUUAAUUGCACCGGAAAAAAUAAAUGAAGAAACUGACUUCAUGAGCGAAUAUAGUGGUUCCAUCAACGAUGGCUUUGUAAAUAAUAUUACAAAUCCUUUAGAAAGUAUUUUGAGUUCAGACAUUUCUGAAAUCAAACUAUCUGAAGAGAAAGAUAUUAAUAAUUAUGAAGACAAAUAUAAUUAUUUUGCUGCUAAUGAUGACGAAAGAGAAUUCGAAGACGUGGACGUUUCAUCAACUAAGGAUCUUGAUGUUAUAUCUUCAGUUUCUAAUGAGAGUCAAACCAAUGAAAGGACUAACAAACAAAAUGACAAUAACGAAAUUAAUUCUAAUCAUUCUAAUCAACUUGAUGGCUCAGAAAAUGGGUUGAAUCCUCCAAUAUUUGAGAUUUCAGUGGAAGAUCCUCAAAAGAUUGGUGAUCCAAUUAAUGCUCACACUACAACAUCAAAAGAUUUUAAAAACAACGAUUUUACAGUAUUGAGGAGAUACCGUGAUUUUUUAUGGUUAUAUGGUCAGCUUACGCUUAGAAAUCCAGGCGUAAUUGUUCCACCACUUCCAGAAAAGCAUGUUAUAGGACGUUUUCAGGAUGAAUUUAUAGAAAAUCGUCGUCAGGCACUUGAAAAAUGUUUGAAAAAAAUUAUUUCACAUCCAAAAUUAUACAAAGAUCGAGAUUUGAAGAUAUUCUUAGAGUCUGAUAAUUUUAACAUCGAUGUAAGAAGCAGAGUACAAUCUAAGAGUGUUUUACAAUCACUAGGCGAAGCUGUUUCUAAUGCUACUACUUUCAAUAAAUUUACUGAGAUGGAUGAUUGGUUUGAAGGUCGUAAAAACCAAUUAGAUAUACUUGAAUCACAAUUGAAAACAUUGCUUAAAUCUGUCGAAUUAGUUGUUAGACAACAGAAAGAUCUCGGAGGUUCAACAAUUGAAUUUGGUGAUAGUUUGACUGCAUUAUCUGAUAUUGAGGCACGUCAAGAUGUUGUAACAUUGGAAAAUACUAUUGAAGAAUAUAUUCGUAUUAUUGGAUCAAUUAAAGUGGCUUUAAAUUCGAGAACUAAGGUUUAUCAAAAUUGGCAAAAUACUACAAAUGAUUUACAAAAGAAAAAAUCAAACUAUGAAAGAUUAAAAUCACGAAAUGGAUUAAGCCAAGAAAGACUUUCAUACAUGUUGGCCGUGAUUGCAGAGGGUGAAAAUAAAGUUGAAGAUUGUAGACAUGAAUUUGAAGAUGUUACAAAAUUGAUUAAAGCAGAAUUGGACAGGUUUGAUAAAGAAAGGGUUGAAGAUUUUAAAAACAGCAUUGAAUCAUUUUUAGAUUCUAUCAUAAAAACCAAAAAUGAGGUAAAUUAA